UAAAGGACGCUGGAGCUCGCGGUGUCAUUUUUUUUUACAUUCCACGACCAUUACUGUUGAGUUACUGACAAGCGAAUGGAUAAACACCCCAAAAUGAGAGCUAAGAUGAGGUUCAGAAACGAUGAAAAGGGCUCAACAAUUGAUGAACCGGUACCAAAAUCUACCAAAACGGUAGAAAAUUUUAUUUUGAAGAAACCCGGUCCACCUGUCAAAGCUCAACGAGUCAGUGAACCAACUGAAGUUAACAGCUUGACAACACACAGACAAGAUCAUCCACAAGAAGAAGGUUUUAACUCGAUCAACAGGCCAUUAACAGGAGACUUUGGAAAUAAUCAGGACAACGCAGACUGGGUUACAUUUUCACUUUAUCCCUCAGGUCAAACUUCAAUGGCGCUAAACGCUGAUAACGCAAUUCCUCCGGUCUUCUCAGUUACAGACAUGCCGCCGCGGUCAUUUAACUGCAAUCUGUCCAGUGAGGCGCCUUUCUCAAAAAUAAACCAUCAGCCAAUCAGCGAGACUUAUUUUCCGAUAGUGACCCAUCAGCCAAUCAGAGCGGCGUCUGUAAUAAACCGUGAGCCAAUCAGCGAGGCUUCUGUGCAAAUCAACACCCGAGGUCUGAACUUCACUCAGCCGCCUUCUGGAGCAGAAAGUGAUGUGGCGAGAUCGCAGAACAGAAAAGUUUCUAUCAAAAGGCCUAUGAAUGCCUUCUUCUUAUGGUCAAAGAUCCACCGAGCUGCCGUGUCGAAGGCCAACCCUAAUGCCAGCAACUGCGACAUCAGUGUCCAGCUUGGGUUAGAAUGGCACAAACUGUCUGAAGAUCAGAAGAAGCCUUACUACGAAGAAGCACGCAGAAUCAUGGCACAACACAUGGAGAAGUACCCAGAUUGGGUCUAUAAACCGUGCAGAGUGAAAAAUAAGCAUUCUGCAUCCAGAAGGCCAUCGGUCGUCCCUGCGACCCAAAUCUGCACCCCCUUGAUUCUGACAUGGACACAGAGACCAAACCCUUACCCAGAGCCCCUAACAUCAGCGAGAGGGCACAACAGUCUCAAUUCUCCAGCCAACAUUAACCAGGCCAUGGAGAUGCAACACGGUUUUCUCAACACAGAUCAGUGUCCUCUCUCUGCUCCUCAAUGUAUCUUCUCUGCAGACCUCCACAUGACUGGACAGCAGUUCUACCGAGCAGAAUCCAUGUCAUGUUCAAGCUCUUCUAGCUAUCUCAUUGACCUCAUGAGCCACUAUGAAGAUCUGAAGCAUGAGGUGCCUGUCCAAAACUGUGAAUAUUGCCUCCAUUAUGACAAUUAGAUGGACAGUCUUUAGUUCUGGACUUCUGGAUUCCUGUUUUUAUCUUUGACAGGACUGCACUAGAGUGUGAUGACCAUUGUGAUAUAUCUUACUAUUGAUUUUUUGGUUCUUAUAACAGCCACGAAAGUUUUUGAGGUUGUAUUACAAAAUAAAAUGUUUCAAAUUA